AUGGCGGACUCAACGACGCGUUUCAACGCCUUCAACGUCCACACCACGGCAUACAAAAAGGUCGGAAAUCAUGAAAUCGCCGUCAGUGUUCUGAUCCCGAAAACUCUCAAUCCUGGCAGACACCCUCUCGUCGUCAAGAUCCACGGCGGUGGACUCGUCCUUGGAGAAGCCCUGUACAAGGGUUGGUUCGCGGCCUGGCUCGUAUCCUUCAUCCUGCGCAACAACGCCAUCGCUGUUCUGCCAAACUACCGUCUGAUUCCCGAAUCCAAUGGCAAGGAUAUUAUGGAAGACCUGGCGGAUUUCUGGAAAUGGUUCGACGAGGAUUUGCAAAAAUGGGUGUCUUCGAUCAACGAGGGUAUCGCGCUGGAUUUCGACCGUGUUCUGGUUUCUGGUGAUAGCGCAGGUGGCCUCCUAGCGCUGCAGUCAGCGUUCACUCAACCGGAAGGGAAGAUCAAGGCGGUGUUGGCCCAAUAUCCCAUGACAAACAUCCUUCGGAGGGACCCCAUACCGAGCGGUGUUCUACCGAAUGGUGCGCCGGCACCUGGCCCUGAGUACAUUGACCAGCACAUCGCGUCCAUCAAACCUGGUACUAUUAUAUCAUCGUCCGUACCAUACGAUCGAAUGCCGCUCUCGUAUGCAUUGUCGGCAUACGGUCGCUGGCAGGAGUUCUACGGUACCGAUAAAAACCUCUUGCCCAUUACUGCUAUUGAGGAUGCGAAAUAUCUGCCGCGUACAUUCAUUUUCCAUGGGGAGCAGGAUACGGCGGUCAGCGUGGAGGAUACGAAGACUUUUGUAGAGAAGGCAAAAGAGGUUUUGGGGGAUAAGGUGGAUAUCAAGCUGGUUACUGUGAAGGGACAAGAUCAUGGUUUUGAUUGCGUAACGGACGUGGACGAGGAGAAAACGGAGUGGUUGAAGGAAGGGCUGAAGUUCGUUGAGCAGAAAUGGUUGGCUUGA